AAAGUACCAGCGGGACACAACGACCAGUAUAACCAGAUAAAUGCCAUCGGCAUGGCCUGCAGGAUGGGGGUGGAGGACUGCAGGGACCUGACCAGGACCUGGUUCAGACUCUGGAUGCAGAGUCCGGCUCACAACCCGAUCCAUCCCAACCUGAAAAGCACCGUUUACUGCAGCGCCAUCGCCUUCGGCGGCGUGGCGGAGUGGGACUUCGCCUGGGAGAUGUACAGGAACGCCACGCUGGCGUCAGAAGCGUCCCGGCUCCGGGCGGCCAUGGCCUGCACCAAAGCCCCCUGGCUCCUAAACCG